AGAUAGAAACCAAGCACACCUCGCUAGCUGGGACCACGCCCACUGCAGAGGUUCAACCAAUCACGUUCUUCAAACCAUUCAGCGGGAGAAACUGAACGGAAUCGAGAGUUUUUGUCAAGAAGACAAGACCAGACAAUUAUUUAGGAACCGAGUGAUAGUUUCUCAUCUUAAAUGUUUUCACUCAGCUUUUAGUUCUUCCGGGAGAUAAACAGAAUGCGGCGAUCAGGAGCUCCCAGCCAGCUCUUGGGUAAUGCUGUGAAAAAGCCUCGGUUUGUGCCUCCUGCUGCAUCUACAUCGCAUCCUGUGGCCGAAUCCAAGCCCCUUAUGCCUAAUGUUGGUUUAGACAAUGCACUAGAAAAGGUCCAGAGAAGUCUAUCAACACCAGCUCCAAGUAAAGCAAAGUAUGAUGUGAAGCCCAGAGCUGCCCAGGCUGCUCCGUCUUUGUCAAAGGCUCUUGCUCGUGUUCUCAGUGCAGUGGAAAGUAAGGAAAAUGAAGCCGAAUCAGAACAUCCCAACCCUGGCUUGGAAGAAUACACAAAGGACAACAGACCAGCAGGAGUGGACGGUUACCCUCAGUUGCCUGUCGAGUCUUGUGAGACCCCUCAGUCUUCAGUGGGACCAGCUGGUGUCUCUGGAGCUGCUGACUCAGACACUGGCUGCAGUCAAGAUGGAGCGCGUUACUUCAGUGUGGUGUGGUGUAAGGCCAGUAAGAAGAAACACAAGCGCUGGGAGGGCGAUGCGGUCCUGAUUACAAGAGGGCGCACAGCCACACUGAAAGAUAUGGAGGGCAAGGACAUUGGCAAGGGAAGUGGCUACAAGGUGUCCGUGCUGGCCUCCCUGUCCGAGGGAGAGACCCUAAUGAUUGGAGGCAAAGAGGUGGAGGUAAUGGGGGUGAUUUCUGCAGAAGACUUUGCCAGGGGACGCUGUUUUCAAGAGGUCCAAGUAGAGACAGAGGAGUCACACGCAAAGUCACCUCCACCCUCCUCUCGUCGUUUGGCGUCCAAACCUUUCUGUCCCCCAACAAUGCUGGGGAGAGCAGAUCAUACAGUCUCCAACCCAGAGGAGGAGCAAACCUGCAGACCUCGCCAUGACCCGCUGGCUCCAGGUGCACUGGUGAUGCCUCGUCCUUCUCCUAACCACCAGUGGUCUAAUAACAAAUCGGGGCUUCCUGUGGUUGAUGUUGUUGUUGACCCUUACCUCACCUCUCACCUUCGACCCCACCAGAGAGAUGGCCUGCUUUUUCUUUAUGAGUGUGUCAUGGGCAUGAGAGCUGUGGGUCGCUGUGGGGCUAUCCUGGCUGACGAGAUGGGUUUGGGGAAGACACUCCAGAGCGUGGCGCUGUCCUGGACGUUGCUUAAACAAGGUCCGUAUGGUGGGAAACCAGUCGCUAAGCGUGUCCUUGUGGUCACCCCUGGCAGCCUCGUGCAGAACUGGGGGGCAGAGUUUAAGAAGUGGCUGGGCCGUGAGCGGAUCAACGUUUUCACUGUGGAUCAGGACCACAGGAUAGAGCAGUUUGUGUUGUCCCCUCUGCACAGUGUUCUCGUGAUCAGCUAUGAAAUGCUGCUGCGCUGCCUGGAGCAGGUACAAAAAGUGGAGUUUGGUCUUAUAAUUUGCGAUGAGGGACACAGAUUAAAGAACAGUAGCAUCAAAACGUCUUCAGCGCUCAGCAGCCUCAGCUGUAACCGCAGAGUCAUACUAACAGGCACCCCAGUACAGAAUGACCUGCAGGAGUUCUAUGCUAUCAUAGAAUUUGUUAACCCCGGGAUUCUCGGAUCGUCUACUGCGUAUAGGAAAGUGUAUGAAGAGCCCAUUCUGCACUCCAGACAGCCUUCCUGCACAGAGGAGGAGAAGGUUUUGGGUGAAGAGCGAGCAGCAGAGCUCUCUCGUCUGACUGGCAUGUUUAUUCUGAGACGGACGCAGGAGAUCAUCAAUCGCUACCUGCCUCCUCGUCUCGACUGGACGUUGUUCUGCGACCCGGCCCCUCUUCAGCGAGAGCUGUACAAGCAACUCCUCUGCCACAGGGUCUUCAGAGCCUGCCUUCAGGGCUCCAUGCAAACUCACACACACCUUGCCUGCAUCACUGCACUGAAAAAGCUUUGUAACCAUCCUGCUCUGCUCCACUCUACUGUAAAGGAAAGAACAGACUCUGAUUCAGUGGAGAGCACUUUAUACGAAGGCUUGGUAGAGCUCUUCCCAGAAUCCUACUCUUCAGGUGGAUUCAACACCACCGACUCUGGAAAACUCAUGGUUCUGUCGGACCUGCUGGCCGCCAUCAGACAACUCAGCCCUUCAGACAGAGUCGUCUUAGUGUCCAACUAUACCAAGACACUUGACUUGCUCCAGGACUUGUGUGUACACAUGGGCUACACUUUCUGCAGACUUGAUGGGCAGACCCCCACCAGCCAGAGACAGCGGCUGGUUGACACUUUUAACAGUCCCUACUCUCAGAACUUCCUGUUUCUGUUGAGCUCCAAAGCAGGAGGCGUGGGACUUAAUCUGGUGGGUGCUUCCCAUCUGGUGCUGUAUGAUAUCGACUGGAACCCUGCCAAUGACAUUCAAGCCAUGGCGCGCGUCUGGAGAGAUGGACAAAAGAAGACUGUGCACAUCUAUCGUCUGCUCACAGCAGGCACUAUUGAGGAGCGUAUAUUCCAGAGACAGGUGUCCAAACAGGGCCUUUCUGGGACAGUGGUUGACCUGGGCAAAGGGGCGGAGCACACCAGCUUCUCCACCAGUGACCUGCGAGAUCUUUUCAGCCUGACAGAAACACCUUCUUUAACACACGACCUGUUGAACUGCAGCUGCAGCAUGGACGGUUCAGUCCAGGCUGCAGUAGAGGAGGACGAGGAGGUUCCUGAUAGGCCAUGCCAGCUCGGUCGCCAUAGUGACCGUGGGGGGGUGGCACAGAAGCAUCUCAGCAUGUCCGAGCUGAUGCGCUGGAGACAUUUCUCGGGUGACACACAAACCUUCUCAGACCCCUACCUCGAUCACGCACGAGACCACAUCACCUUCGCCUUCCAGACCACCAUCUCUCACACAACUCAGUAAACACAGAUUACUCUCUAGAUAUGGAACACACACACACACACACACACACACACAUAUAUUUCUUCUACAUGUUUGUUUGAGGAUCUCUGGGCUUUGUCUGCAGCCUGACUACAAAAUAUCACUCUUAUACAGUGUACACUGCCAACAGCAGUAAUACUGUUUCCAACAGUUUGAGUGUGUGUGUGUGUGUGUGUGUGUGUGUGUGUGAAAGAGAGAGAGAGAUACUGCAUAUUGACUUGGACAUUUUCUUCAUUUAUUCAAAAACAAAGUGAAAAACAUCAUUAUAUAAAUGAAAUUCAAAAGGAAUGUGUGUAAUAAACAAGCUUUUAAGAAGGA